AAAUAUGUUUUCAUCAAAUUCUACAAACAUGCAAAAUGGGGUGGACCAGUGCCAAGAAAUGCUGCCAUUAAUCAAUAAGGACAGGAUGCUUAAAGCCAAGGUUGGUUCAGACUCCCAGCUCAAGUUAAGGGCUUCAACUGGCAAACUAAGAUAUCUCUUCGAAACCAAUCUCGAAGGUACUGGGGCUUCUGAAGACCUCAUCCUGAAGGAGAGGCAGAAGGUCUUCAUGAGAGUCCAUAAGAUUAUUAAACAAAAACUCUCGAGUGGGAGCUUCAGGCACUCAAGAGGCUUCAGGUCUCCCAGGAAGCUCAGAAGGGUCCUAAGAAGUCCUAUUUUCAGAACAAAAGAAGUUCAAAGAAAUCUGCCAGAAUUGGAGUGUAAGAAGAACAGGAGGUUCUUCUCACCUCAGAGGAAAGCUCCCAGUGAGUUGGUACAACCUAUGGCUUAGUGCAGACUUGCUGGCCAUAAUUUAAUUAAUCUCUAAGUAUUUCUU